AUGCCAGAAACAUCAAUUACUCUGGAUUUAGAACAUAGACAACAAGAUGAAAUUAGUAGUAUAUCAUCAAUUUAUGGUGAUAUCUUUAAAGAUAUUACUCCAACGGGUUUAGUUUGGAAUAAAAAACCCAGUCCGCAUUUCCAAGUAUUUUUAUCAUCGUCAAAUAAUCCUGAUCGACCGACUGUUUCCAUUACAUUAGAUAUAGAAUUCACUCCUACUUAUCCUUUAUCACCUCCAAAAGUAAAACUACUAAAUGCUCGUAAUUUAUUGAAAAUUAAUAUUGCUAAAUUAGAAAAGAAAUGUAAAGAUUUAAUCAAAGAAUAUCCCGAACAAGAAGUUUCUUUCACGAUAAUUUCCGAAUUGAUUUUCAUGUUAGAUGAAAUACAAACAACAACUGAAAAAGUAUUAUCAUUAGAAGAAGAAAGAGAAUUAAGAUUAAGAAAUGAAAGAAGGGCAUUAGAAGAAAAAGAGGCGAAACAGAAGAAGGAUGAAGAAUUGGCUCGAAAGAAACAAAAUAAAGAAUUGAAUGAACAAAUUCAAAAAAUUCAAGGUGAAUUUGAUGAUGAUUUUACUGAUGAUCAAGAUUUAGAUAUGUCAACUACUAAUGAUAAUAAUAAUUCAUUAAUCCCACUUGAUAAAGAUCAAUUUUUCAUUUUUGAAAAUGCCAUGGAAGCAACCAUUCCUAAUACAAGACGGAAAUUUAAGUUUCGAGCAAUACUGGGAUUCAUAAGAUAUAAUCAAAAGGGGGUUUUCAAUUCAAUUGGAUCCCAAUAUAUUGUUAAACCAUUUAUUGAUAAUGAAAUCCGGAAUAAAAUUGAAAAUAAAGGUUCUGAUUUGGCAUUCUUAUUAACAGUGAUUGAUUUAACCAAUGAAUAUUGGCAAACUGACAAGGGGAAGCGAGAAAUUCAAGAUUUAGAAUCGGAAUUACAAUCAAUUAUGAGUAUAAAUCAUAGUAAUAUAUUAAAAUUAAUUGGAUUUCAAAUAGAUAAAACAAAUGUUUGGAGAGUAAGAUUGUUAACGGAAUUUUCUCCAGUUAGUGAAACAUUAUAUGAUAUUCUCCCUACUGCCGAAUUUAUUAAUUGGGCAUUAGCAAGAACUUGGCUUAUUCAAUUAUUACCAGCAAUGGAAUAUCUUCAUAAUGCCGGAUUCAUCCAUAAACUUAUAUGUCCCAUGACCAUAGUUAUAUUUCAAGAGAAGGACCAAUUGUAUUAUCAAAAUUCAACUAAUGAAUUAUUAAGUAAUAGUAUUGGUGGUGGUGGUGGUGGUGGGGAAGACUCAUUAACCAUCAGUGCUAAAAAAGUGUUGAAAUUAUGUCAUCCUUCAUAUGGGUAUCGUUUAUUAGAGAUGAUUCUGUUACAUCCAAAUGAGGGAGAAACAUUAGAUCGAUCUCCACAAGUAAAUCCACCAGCAUGGUUAGCACCAGAAUUGAAAACUUCUGGGUAUCAUUACAAAUCUGAUAUUUGGGAUUUAGGAGUACUUUUCUUAAGAGUAAUGUUAGGAUUUGAUAUUUUAAACACCACAUACCAUACACCUAGUGAUUUUAUAAAUAAAUUUUCCGUUAAAGAUUUUGUUGGAGCAGAAGAAUAUGCUUCAUUAGUGUAUGAUGUAUUAUCGAAAAUGUUACAAGUUAAAUUAUCAAAACGACCAUCUCCUUUGGAAUUAAAUGCCGUAAAAUUUUUACGAGAUGGUCCCAUAAUUUCAAAAUUACAAUCGGAAACUAACUUAUCACGAAUGAAAAAAAAUGUCGAAACUGAUUUGGUAUCAUCAACCAAUACAAGACAUGUUCAAAUACAAGGACAUGAACAGGAUUCGACUGCAACAACAAAACAUUUGAAUAUUUAUCAUCAAAAUAUUUCACGCAGACGGUUAUCUAACCAGAAUACUCAACAUCCAUAUUUUGGUGAAAAUUCUAGUCUUAUCAUGCCUUCAGGGUCACAACGAAAUAUGGGGAGAUACGCCAGAGAUUUUGAAGAAAUUGGGAAAUUGGGUCGUGGUGGAUUUGGUGAAGUUGUUAAAGCUAGAAGUAGAAUGGAAGGGAUAUUUUAUGCUGUGAAAAAAAUUAAACAUCGAGCUGAUAAAUUGGAUUCUUUAUUAAGUGAAGUUUUAUCUUUAGCUAGAUUGAACCAUCAAUAUAUUGUUCGUUAUUAUGGUACUUGGGUUGAAGAAUUAGAAGAUACAUCUGCGAUUCCAUCCAAUAGCACAUCUGCUAUUGCGAGCGAUGACGAAGAGGAGGAAGAGGAGGAAGAUGACACAGAAGGCGACUUUGGUGAUGAUGAUCUUGAACUGACAUUUUCAAGUCGUGUUGGUCGUUCAUCAUCUGUGUUACCUAGUUAUGAUAACUCAUUUCAAGUCGAUUACAUUUCAACAUCUUUUGACCCUAGGAUAGAAUUUGAUGAAAGUUCAGAAGAAGAUGACCAAAAUGAAGAUGAUGAUCCGUUUGUGUUUGCCAAUUCAACUGAUGAUAUCUCAAAUAAUGAAACAGAAGAUCGUUCCAAAAGUGAUUCGAAAGAAGUUUCUGUUAAAAAACCAAAAGAUGUUGUUAACUCCUCUAAAAAUGCAUCACCGAAAUCAAUAUUAUAUAUACAAAUGGAGUUUUGUGAAAAUAAUACCCUUCUCAAUCUUAUUGAACAAGGAUUACCUAAUAACCCUGAUGAAUAUUGGAGACUUUUCCGACAAUUACUUGAAGCAGUUUCAUAUAUUCAUCGUGAAGGAUUUAUUCAUCGUGAUUUAAAACCAAUGAAUAUUUUCAUUGAUAGAUCCAAUAAUAUUAAAGUUGGGGAUUUCGGAUUAGCUAAAAAUUCACAAUUUUCUUCAGUUGUUCUGACGAAUAAUCAAGUGGAAGCUAAAGAUAAUGAAUUAUCUACCGUGGUGGGAACAUUAUUUUAUACUGCCAAUGAAGUGGCCACGGGUCAAUACGAUGAAAAAGUUGAUAUGUAUUCACUUGGAAUAAUUUUCUUUGAAAUGUGUUAUCCUCUUGCCACGGGUAUGCAAAGAGCUAAAACAUUAAAUGAUUUACGAUUGAAAUCAGUUGAAUUCCCUACAAAUUUCAUUGCUAGUAAAUAUAAAACUGAAAAAAAAAUUAUUCGAUUAUUAUUAGAUCAUGAUCCUAAAAUUCGUCCUAGUGCAGCACAACUUUUACAAAGUGGUUGGUUACCCGUUGAACAUCAAGAUCAAGUUAUUCAAGAAGCAUUAAAAUCUUUAGCUGAUCCAGCAUCUCCUUGGCAACAACAAGUUCGUGAAGCAUUGUUCAAUCAACCGUAUCUGCUUGCUAAAGAUUUAAUGUUUGAUAAACAAAAUGAACAUAAUUCCCAUAAUAAGCAUGUUGAAUUGGAUACUUCGAAUGAUUAUUUAUUAUUUGAUAAAAUCAUGAAAGAAUUGACCAAGAUUUUCACUAAUCAUGGAGCCAUUGAGAAUUUAAAUACAAAUUUAGUUUUACCAAAGGCACCUUCACAAUCAAGAGAAUUAGUUUAUGAUUUUUUGGAUAGAAGUGGUGCAGUUUUAACUUUACCUUAUGAUUUGACUUUACCAACAGCAAGAUUUUUAAGUAAAACCGAUAUGACAAUUCCUAAAACUUUUCGACACGAAUUUGUCUAUCGACCUAAUGUUCGAGGUAUUGGUAUACCUGAUCGUUAUAGUGCCGUUAAUUUUGAUAUAGCCGGUGGACUGGAAGUUAACAAGGCAACACUUUUCGCUCAUGAUGCUGAAUGUUUAAAAGUGAUUGAUGAAAUUGUCAAUACUUUACCAUGUUUUAAAAAUACCAUUAUUGUUAUUAAUCAUUAUGAUAUUUUGGAUGCUGUUGUUUCAUUUUCUUUUGGUAAUAUUGGAAUUGAUGAUAAGAAAAAAUUAGAUAUUUUUGGAGUAUUAUCACAAUUGGGAAUUGAUAAAUCACCCGAUGAAAUAAAACGUUACUUGAGGGAAGAUUUUCAAGUACCACAUACUGUUACUAAAGAUCUUGUUGAAAAUUUCAAUUUUACAUGUGAAGUGGAACGGGCAAGACAAAAAUUACAAAAAUUAAUGGUUGAUUCUCCCCAAUUAUUAAAAGUUGAACGAGCAUAUACUUAUUUAAUUGAAGUGGUUAAAAUUUUGAAACAAAUGAAUAUUAAAACAUCAAUGAUUUUCAAUCCAUUGAGUAAUUAUAAUAGUAAAUAUUAUAUCCAUGGAAUAAUGUUUCAAGCAGUUUUUAAACCUGAUAGAUCCAAACGUUAUACUAGAGUAGUUACUGGUGGACGAUAUGAUUCAUUAAUUGAAUCUUUUUCAAAUGUCACCACAACAACUAAACAAAUCACUCCUCAUGGUGUUGGAUUUUCAUUGACUACUAGUUUACUUUUCAUUCUUAUGAAAACAUUAAUUUCUCGAGGGAAAUCUAAAUUGGAUCUUGUAAAUAAAUGGAAGGGCAAUCGAUGUAAAGUACUUAUAAGUUCUACUCAACAACAAUUUUUAAGUCAAGUGGGAUAUCAAUUAGUUUCUAAAUUUUGGAAUAAAAACAUAAGUGCUGAUAUAACAUCAGUUGCAGCAAAGACUCAAGAUGAAAUAUUCCAAAAUGGUAAUUCAGAAGGGGCUAUAUGGAUAGUUAUAAUACGACUGUUACCUACAACAAUUGGGAAUUCAUUCUCAUCUUUGAAUGGUGGUAGUGGUGGUAGUAGUAGUAGUACUACUACUACUAGCACUAGCAUUAGAAGAAGUAAAAAAUCUGGAUCUGGAUUUAAACCUUUGAAAUUGAGAAAUAUAAUUACUGGUAAAGAUAUUGAUUUAGAUUAUGAUGAAGUGAUAGAUUAUUUGGUGACUGAAUUAUUAGAAGAUUCAGAACAUGAAGAAAAUGAUCAAGAUAAUGGUACGAUGACAAACUCAACAACAUUACUUACAUCAUCAUCAUUAUCUUCUAAAACAAAUCAAGAAGAAGAAUUAUUAAAUGGACCAAUUGAUUCAGUUGAAAUUGAUCAAAAAAUCAUUGUUGUUAAAAAUGAUGCUCCUCGUAGUAGGAAAAAUAAACGAGAUAAAUGGGAAUCAGAAAAUGAUGCUAAAUUAGCUGGACAACAAUGUAUAAAAAAUUUAAGUGGUGGACCUGUUGUUGUUAUUGAUGCUAGAGAUGAAAUAUUAGAUAUGAUUAGUAUUACUUCAAUUCAUCAACAAGAUGAAUGGAUUAGAAAAGUGGUUUAUACAACUAAUAAUUUCCCAAAAAGUUUUGCUAUGAAUAUUUAUAAUACUUUGAUUAAAGAAUUUAAUAAAGGUUCAAUUUGGUGUAUUUUGGUGUCUUCAAGAACUCAACAUACAACUAUUGUUGAUCUACGUCGAUAA